AUGGACGAUGAUGACGACGGCAAGGCCAAGACGAGUGGACUGUGGCAAACGUCGACGAGUUGCCAAGUUCUCCAACAAAGGACUGAAAAGAACGCCUUGGGUCGACAAUCCAACGGCCAAGGCCAUACCUUCGGCCCUCGCGGCGCUCUCAUUGGCACACCACCGACCCUGGCUCACACCAAAGCGCUGAGCGUCGGCGGCAACAAGCGGUUCUCACCAAUCACAACCGCGAUCGGCUUCAGAGUGAAGGAUUCCCUGGUGUGA